AUGUCAGCUGCCAGCAGGCGUUCUGACCUCUUCACCUACCGGGGCACUGCUCUGGUCCACGGGUACAAGGGGGUCAAAUUCCAAAACUGGGCAAGGACCUAUGGCUGUUGCCCGGAGAUGUACUUUCAGCCCACGUCCGUGGAGGAGGUCAAAGAGGUGCUGGCCCUGGCCAGGCAGCAGAACAAGCGGGUGAAGGUUGUGGGCGGUGGCCACUCGCCCUCAGACAUCGCCUGCACUGACGGCUUCAUGAUCCACAUGGGCAAGAUGAACCGCAUCCUCAAGGUGGACACAGAGAAGAAGCAGGUGACCAUGGAGGCCGGCAUCCUCCUAGCUGACCUGAACCACCAGCUGGACAAGCACGGCCUGGCUUUGUCCAACCUGGGAGCUGUGUCAGACGUGACCGCAGGUGGUGUCAUCGGGUCUGGAACCCACAACACGGGGAUCAAGCACGGCAUCCUGGCCACACAAGUGGUGGCACUGACCCUGCUGACAGCCAAUGGGACCAUCCUCGAGUGUUCAGAGUCCAGCAACGCAGAGGUGUUCCAGGCUGCGCGCGUGCACCUGGGCUGCCUCGGAGUCAUCCUCACAGUCACACUGCAGUGUGUGCCCCAGUUCCACUUGCAGGAGACCACCUUCCCCUCAACCUUGAAAGAGCUCCAGCUGCUCUUCCGCCUGGAGCUGCAUGGGUCUCCACCAGGGCCAUCAUCAGUGUCUAUCAUCAUGCCCAUGGACCAGCCUUCCCUACCCAGGCUCUGGCCACAGACAAGGACUGCGCAGAGGGUUCUUGACAACCUGGACAGUCACCUGAAGAAAUCUGAAUACUUCCGCUUUCUCUGGUUCCCACACAGUGAGAACGUCAGUGUAAUCUACCAGGACCACACCAACAAGCCGCCCUCCUCUUCAGCCAACUGGUUCUGGGACUACGCUAUUGGAUUCUACUUACUGGAGUUCCUACUCUGGAUCAGCACCUUCCUGCCAGGCCUUGUGGGCUGGAUCAAUCGCUUUUUCUUCUGGCUCCUGUUCAACGGGAAGAAGGAAAACUGCAACCUCAGCCACAAGAUCUUCAACUAUGAAUGCCGCUUCAAGCAGCAUGUCCAGGACUGGGCCAUCCCCAGAGAGAAGACCAAAGUGGCCCUGCUGGAGCUGAAGGCCACGCUAGAGGCGAACCCCAAGGUGGUGGCCCACUACCCCGUAGAGGUACGCUUCACUCGCGCGGACGACAUCCUGCUGAGCCCCUGCUUCCAGCGCGACAGCUGCUACAUGAACAUCAUCAUGUACAGGCCCUAUGGCAAGGACGUACCACGGCUGGACUACUGGCUGGCCUAUGAGAACAUCAUGAAGAAGGUGGGAGGCAGGCCCCACUGGGCCAAGGCUCACAACUGCACCCGGAAGGACUUUGAGAAAAUGUACCCGGCCUUCCAGAGGUUCUGUGCCAUCCGAGAAAAGCUGGACCCCACAGGGAUGUUCCUGAACGCCUAUCUGGAGAAGGUGUUCUACUGAAGCACAAACAGAAAACAAGUCUAGCCCACCUCAUCUCACCUCCAGGCCCACCUCUCACAAGGCAAGGCUCAAUGUCCCGCUGUCCUGAUGGGGAACAGACAUCUCCCCUGGGGCCCUCUGCCAGGACACCCACAGCUGCUCCGACCCACAGCAAGGAACCUGGUUCUGGGCAUCCCCUACCUCUUCAUCCUUGCAGCACCCUUGUAAGGAAGAGCACCAAAUCCCUUUACCUCUCCAGCAGCAUCCCCUUAGCCCAAGCCUGCAGUCACCACAUCCUGUUCCCAAGAGACAGAGAAGCCCCCAAACGUUCUGUAUGU